AUUCUGUAUACAAACUGAUCUUAAAAAAUGAUAGUAGUAUCAUAUUUAUGGUAAAAUACUAAAUGAAGAUCGCUCCAGUAAUUGCAGAUUAGACUAGUAACAUAUAACGACCUUACAAGUCUACCUUUAAACAGAUCAUUCAAACUCUGGAUCACGGACAUAAACCAAAUAUCCACCUACCAAAUCUAAUGGGAACCAUAUAACAUAAUGAAGCAUUCAACGUCUACAAACAGAAACCACAUGAAAACAUUUUCGUUUCGAAAAUGAUACCCAACAACCACACUAACCAUUAUAUAACACCAACCUGUAAGAUCUUUUAAUCCUCAAUCUUUUAAUGUUAUCUCCCCCAUUUCCUUCACACAAUCGAUGGAAAAUUUUACCUUCUUCAACAAAGCCUUCACUUACAUUUCCAUUCUUCUCCUUCCAUUUCUCAUUUCUGUGCUAUGCAAGAAUGGUUCUGAAAGUCCAGUAGUCCCAUCUCCACUGGCAGUCACUGCACAAUACUUAAUCUUUAAAGACAGGCGGCUAGCUGUUGUGUACCCCAUAAUCCAAGCAUUCAAGAGAACGAUCACAGAAGAUCCACUUAACCAAACCGGUAACUGGGUUGGUUCUGACAUAUGCAACUACACAGGCCUUCACUGUGAUAAUCCACCCGAUAACGAAUCAGCCCUUGCCCUGGCUAGCGUUGACUUCAAUGGGUUUCUCCUAGCAGCCCCGACUCUCGAAGGUUUUAUAGAUAAGCUGCCUGACCUUGCAAUCUUUCACGCGAACUCAAACAAGUUUUCUGGGUCCGUACCAGAUGUCUCAAAACUCCCAUAUUUUUAUGAGUUGGACAUAAGUAACAAUGUCUUCUCUGGCACAUUUCCUACGACAGUUAUUGGCAUAAAAGAGCUCUCGUUUUUAGAUCUUCGUUUUAAUUUUUUCACAGGAUCAGUGCCUCCACAAAUUUUCGAGCAACCUCUUGAAUUAUUCUUCAUUAACAACAAUGAUCUCACGGCAACACUCCCAGAAAACUUUGGUUCCACACCGGUACUUUAUCUUACCUUGGCUAACAACAAAUUAACUGGUCCAAUCCCACGAAGCAUUGGCAAUCUUAACGCGACAUUGAUCGAGGUUUUACUGUUGAACAACAAGUUAACAGGUUGUCUUCCCUACGAACUCGGGUUUCUGAAAGAACUCAAGGUUUUCGAUGUUGAACACAACCUAUUAACGGGUCCAUUACCCCGUUCCUUGGCCUGCUUGGAGAAAAUCGAGCUGCUCAACUUUGCUGAUAACCUACUGUAUUGGGAGGUACCAGAGGAGCUGUGCGCACUGGCAAACUUGGUGAACUUAUCGUUAUCAGGUAACUAUUUCACCAAAGUAGGUCCAGCGUGCAGAAAGCUGAUCAAUAAUGGGGUUCUUAACGUGAGACAAAAUUGCAUCCACGAUUUUCCCGAUCAAAAAUCGUUGCAGGAAUGUGCAGAAUUCUACUUGAAGUACAUUAGGUUUUGCCCGUACCCUGCAACAUAUGAAAUCAUCCCUUGCAGGCCUAAUGCUCCAUGGCACAAACAUUGGGCACCGUCCAAGAAAGCUCCAGUUACUUACAAAACUCUUUCCAGAAACAAGUUUUAA